AUGCACGAGACGGAGUCCAGGUGCAUCGAGGAAAAGUCUCAGGAGCUGCUCCAAAAGGCGUACGACGGGUUUCGUAAACGAAUGGCCAAGCGGAGUCUGCGCAAGCAGCAGCGGAAGGAACAAGAGCAUUCGAGGUCAGUCAGUGGAAGAGAGGGAGCGAAUCAGAACCAAGCAUCCAGGAUCGGCUUGUUGGCACGAGCUAACCCAUCAGCAGAUGAGCCAGCAGCAGCCGUGGGUGGAGAGCCAGAGCGGCCAGUGGGCUUGCCUCAAGAAGCGAGGUUGGCAGCAAGGGCGCCGCUCGAGGAGGAUCGUGCUGUGGGAGGUGGUGUUGUGGAGGGUGGUGCUUUGACUGGGGACGGCAGCAACAAUGGCAGGGACGGUCGGCGUGGCUCGCAGCAAAUGGGUGCUGAUACCACCACUAGUUUUGAGACGUCUCAAAAGCAAAUGGGUGCUGAUACCACCACUGGGCCGCAUGACGAGAACGUCCCUCCGCUGUCUGAAUGGGACAGGUCUCAGGCAUUCAAGCGGGCGAGGAGGGACUCUGACUCGGGGACGAUCAGCAUUGACAUCUUCCAGGAUGAGGAGCUGCGGAGCCCUUCGGCUGCGGGGAGGAUGCGCAGGGGGCUGGGGGGAGGCGGGCCAAAGAGGAGGGUGCUGCAGCCGCGGGUGGAGGUGCAGGGGGGUCAAGAGGGGCAUGCAGAGGUGGCACAGGAAAGGAGGAGUGUGGAUGGGGUGACCAGGGAGGAUCAGGCGUUUUGCGUAGCGUCUGGGUGCAUUUACUUUGGUUCCUUUGUCGUUCGCUCGUCUGUAAUCCUACUCCCUCCCUGCUGUUGUCCGUGCAGAGAGCAGAGCGAGGUGGGGUCUCGUCGGGGCUCGUCUGAAGUAGCAGAUGCUUCAAACACAGGUAGCGCAGGGCCCUGCCAGGAGCAGGAGACUUGCUUCGAGGAGCAGCGCUAUCUCUACUGGCUGCGCCACAGGAACCUGCCCCCACCGCUCUACAUGCACGCCACACCGCUCUCAACCUUGAAUGCACCGCCAAAUCCCACAGCAAACCCAGGGCCUUCAAUGGCAGAUGGCCCGCCAGACUGCUCAUUAGCUGCAUCUGAUAGAGCAGAGGCAGGGAGUGACAGGCAUGGAGGGGAGGGUACAGGGGAAGCGAGACGGGGAGAGGACGCAGGGGAAGAGACGACUGGGGAGGACGCAGGGAGGGGGGGUUGUGAGCAGUCAAGUGCGGUUGCUGAGGGGGGAGGAAGGGGAGGGGAGGCGGAGGGGGGCGAGAGGGGCGCGGGCAAUCGUGGGAGGAGGAAGAGGGGGAGUAAGGGGGAGGAGGAAGUGGAGGGGAGUGGGCUUACUGGGGGGUUGAGUGAGCUAGGUAUGGAGGAGGAGAGAGUGCAGGGGUUUAGACAGAUGCUGGAACAGCAGAGAGGACAGGAUGCGGCUGCUGGUGGGGCUGAUGCUGCUGGUGGUGUUGGUGCUUCUGGUGUUGCUGCUGGUCGUGGCGGAAGGGUGGAUGAGGAUUUUCUCUCCUUUGAUCACACGGUGCAUGCACAGGUGAGCAUUGCAUCGCCGUUUGCUUUUCUCCUUUUCUGCUUUGAUCCCCACGGUGCUGUGCAAGCGCCCGCCUUCCCAGCCGGCCCGCCCCAGCAGGUUAACCCAUGGAGCCAGUCUCUGAGGGCGUCUCUCCUCGCCGCUCUGCACCCUCCCCUCACUGCGGAACCUGGAUACCACCGGCACUCAGAGCCGCUGCAUGUGCCAGCCAGGCUCAAGGCGCUCAGGGAGGGCAAGGCAGGAGAGCCUGUGGACCUCCGCCUUGGCAGCAAGAGCUAUGAGGUGGAUCAGCUGCUGGGCAAGGGUGCAUACGCGAGGGUGUAUGGAGCCACGGAGACCCCUGUUGGAGUGGCAGACGCGGCCACAGAGAGCACUGUGGUGUUCCGCAGUGUGGCCCUCAAGCUUCACUCCAAGCCAUGCCCCUGGGAGUUCUACAUCUACCGUCAGAUGCACCUGCGAAUCGACGGCCCACAGCGGCAACUGUUUGGCACAGCGUCAGCCUACCACGACUUUCCCAACGCCUCCAUCCUCACAUGCUCCCUUGGCGCCAGCGGCACCCUGCAGGACGUGGUGAAUGCGUUUAAGAGGCAGGGAAAGCCGGUGCCGGAGCCGCUGUGCGCGUUCUACACGGCGCAGAUGCUGCGAGCCGUGGAAGCCCUCCACGCUGCGCACAUCCUGCAUGGGGAUAUCAAGCCCGAUAAUUUCCUCCUGCGGUUCGGGGCUGACAGUGAGAACCCCAAGGAGAUGGUUGCUGCGAUCGAGGCCGGUGCACCUUCCACGGGCCUCACGCUGGUGGAUUACGGGCGCAGCAUUGACAUGCGGCAGUUCCCCGAAGGUUCCUCGUUUGUCUCUGACGGCGGCACGGAGAACUUCCGGUGCCCUGAGAUGGUGGAGGGGCGCCCGUGGACCGCACAGGCCGAUCUCUAUGCGGUAUGUGCAACGGCCUACUGUCUGCUGCAUGGGCAGUAUAUGGAGGUAGAGAGGGUGCCAGCAGGGGAGGGCGGCGCCAGUGGAGCAGCGGAUGUGGACGGUUGUGAUGACGACACGGCUGCUAGCUCUGAGGAGGAGAAUGUUUCUUACUUUCGCCGCCCAAGGCUCCACCUUAAGAGGUACUGGAACCAUGACAUGUGGCACGCGCUGUUCCACACCUACCUCAAUGUGCCUGCGGGGCAGCCUGCCCCUCCUCCAGCCCCUAUUCGCCGCCGGUUUGAGCGGUACUCAGCCGACCAUGCAAGUGAUGUCUCUGUGCUGCUUCGCCGUCUGCGCAACCAGCUGUAG